GGCAGGAUGUGCAUCCACCUUUGAUGUAAACUCACUGCCCCAGUUGAGCUAACCAGACAUCUGAAAAUCUGCUAGCUAGGGACUCACAGACCGAGAGCCUCAGCAGGGAGCCUGGAGCUAUCUGUGAAAGGUGCUUCCUGUAAGCGUGGUGAAUAGCAGUUUGCUGAGAGCAUCGUUUUUUUUUUUUGUGUCCGGCCAUUACCAGUUUUCUUUACCAUCACCUUUAAACCACAGGAUUCUGACAUGGAAUUGUCGAAAAUGUCAGACAUGACAAAGCUCCAUCAGGCCGUGGCAGCAGGCGACUACAAUUCAGUGAAGAAGAUUUUGAAGAAAGGUCUCUGUGACCCAAACUACAAGGAUGUGGACUGGAGCGACAGGACGCCCCUCCACUGGGCGGCAAUCAGAGGCCAAAUGGAGGUGCUACAUCUCCUGAUACAAUAUGGAGCCAGACCCUGCUUGGUAACCGACGUGGGCUGGACCGCAGCUCACUUUGCGGCUGAGUCCGGCCAUCUGAACGUCCUCAAGACUCUGCACGCACUGCCCGCUGCCAUUGAUGCUGCCGACUUCUUCGGAGAUACACCCAAGAGGAUCGCGCAGAUCUACGGGCAGAAAGCCUGUGUGGACUUCCUGGAGAAAGCAGAACCAGAAUGUUGGGACAACCGCCAGAGAGGGCUGUUGCUGGAUGAACAGGACCCAGAUUGGGACCUCAAGAAAAGGGAGCUGGAGCUGUCUCUUCCUGCCCCGGAUCCAAACACCAACAAAAAGAAUAAGAAAAUCCGAGGCUCCACCAAGCUCAGCCAUUCCAAGGCCUGGAGGUUAUGAGAAGGGAAGCCUGGGGACAGACUCCUGGAGACAGACUCAGGCAGACCUAGGACCCAGCACGGAGCCAGAGUUGUU